GCCAGAUAUCAACGCGGGCCGCUCCUUCCUUCACGACUCUAUGGCAGUCGGGUAACUCUAGCCGUGAGAACUCUGUGGUUCCGGGGCGGGCCGGGAGGCCUGAGUUUGAAGGCUGAAGCGGGAAGAUGGUGCCUUCAGCUGUCACCAGGCUGGGAUUCUCCCGCAUGGGAGGCGUCGGGGACUGUGUCGUGCCCUGAACAACCGAGAGGAGUUUGUUUGCAAUGAGUCUUCCACGUCGGAAUGGGAAACGGCGGCGUUCAGGGUCCGGCUCCGACUCAUUCUCGGGAGAUGGUGAUAGCUGUGUCAGCCCUCAGCUCCCAUCUAGGCCGGUGAGCUGAGUCCACCUCCGGGGCUGGGACGCGGUCUGCAGGCCUCAGGGUCAGGGCCAUGCAAGCAGAGAGUUUCUGAUGACCAGAUUGACCAGCUGCUACUGGCAAAUUGGGGACUCCCGAAAGCAGUUCUGGAGAAAUACCAUAGUUUUGGUGUAAAAAAGAUGUUCGAAUGGCAGGCAGAGUGUCUUUUGCUUGGACAAGUCCUGGAAGGAAAGAAUCUAGUUUAUUCAGCUCCUACAAGUGCUGGGAAGACUCUUGUUGCAGAGUUACUUAUUUUGAAGCGGGUUUUGGAAAUGCGGAAGAAAGCUUUGUUUAUUCUGCCCUUUGUUUCUGUGGCUAAAGAGAAGAAAUUCUACCUUCAGAGUCUGUUUCAGGAAGUAGGAAUAAAAGUAGAUGGCUACAUGGGCAGCACCUCACCUACUGGACGUUUCUCAUCCUUGGACAUUGCUGUUUGCACUAUUGAGAGAGCCAAUGGGCUCAUCAAUCGCCUCAUUGAAAAUAAGAUGGAUCUGUUAG